AUAUUCUUUUUGUGUGCGUGCGUGUGUGUGUGUGUGUGUGCGUGUGCGUGUGUUGAUUAAUUCGUGGGUCUGACCUGGGACCAUGCCUGCCAAAACGAAAACUUCUACCGCAAAACGGACCGCACAUUCGGAUCCGGAGGGAGCCGAGCCCUCAGAUGGAUCUGACAACGAAAUGGAUAUCCAACAAAAGGGAACCGGCGCAAUUGGGAACGAAGGCAUUGUGUCAAAUUCAGCAGUGGAAAUGGUAGAUAACCGAAGUUUAGAGGAAAUUUUAGCUGGCAUCUCUCCUCCUCCACCCCCAGCAAUGACCAAUGAAGCUGGGGCUCCUCGUCUUAUGAUAACACAUAUAGUGAAUCAAAACUUCAAAUCCUAUGCAGGAGAGCAAAUUCUGGGGCCUUUUCACAAGAGGUUUUCUUGUAUUAUUGGACCAAAUGGGAGCGGAAAAUCAAAUGUGAUUGACUCUAUGCUGUUUGUUUUUGGGUACCGAGCCCAAAAAAUACGCUCGAAAAAACUGUCUGUACUUAUCCACAAUUCUGAUGAAUACAAGAAUGUUCAAAGCUGUACAGUGGAAGUUCACUUUCAAAAAAUCAUUGAUAAGGAGGGUGAUGAUUUUGAAGUACUUCCGAAUAGCAACUUCUACGUUUCAAGAACUGCCCACAAGGAUAAUUCUUCAGCUUACCAUGUUAAUGGAAAGAAAGCAACGUUCAGAGAUGUAAGAAUGCUGCUUUGCAGCCAUGGAAUUGAUCUGGAUCAUAAUAGAUUUUUGAUUCUGCAGGGUGAAGUUGAGCAAAUUUCCUUGAUGAAACCAAAAGGGCAAACAGAACAUGAUGAAGGCAUGCUUGAAUACCUAGAAGACAUCAUUGGUUCAGAACGAUUAAAACAACCCAUUCAAGUCCUCUGUCGUCGAGUUGAGCUGUUGAAUGAGCAAAGAGGAGAAAAGCUUAAUAGGGUUAAAAUGGUUGAAAAAGAAAAGGAUGCUUUGGAAGGAGAAAAGAAUCAUGCGAUUGAGUUUCUUACCUUGGAAAAUGAGGUCAUUAAGAAGAAAAACUAUGUCGUGCAGUAUUACAUAUACGAUGUGCAGAAGAAGAUAUCUGACAGGAUAGCACAAAAGCAAAAAAUCCAUGAAAGCACAAAAGACAUUAAUGACAAAAAUGGGAAACUUGUCGAAGAUUUGAAAGUUAAAAACAUGUCUUUGAAGGAUGCUGAAAAAAAAGUAGCGAAAAUCACAAAGUACAUUGAACAAAAAAAGGAAAAGUUUGCCCAGUUUGAUUUGCAGGAUAUCAAAAUUCGAGAAAAACUGAAACAUAUCAAGAGCAAAGAGAAGAAGUUGGAGAAACAAGUUCAAAAGGACAGGGAGAAGCUGGAGGUAUUGAAGAAUGUACCUGAGAAUAGCGAAAAGGUCAUCAGUGAAGCAACAAUACAAAAAGAAGAGCUAGAACAGAGAAAAGUGAAUGAGGAAGAGAAACUGAAGAAAGUCAUGAUUAGUCUCAAACAAGAGACGCAAGGAUUACAGGAAACAAAAGAGGUGAACGAGAAACAGCUUAUGGAGUUGAGCAAAGCAGUAAAUGAGACCAGAUCCAAGAUGGACGUGGCACAAUCAGAACUGGAUAUCUACCUCAGUCGCCACAAAACUGCCUUAAACCAGUUCAAUGAAGCUAAAGAGACCCUGACUACUGUCACUACUACACUUAAAGAAAGAAAAAUGGCAAUUAAAGAAUUAGAAGUGAAAAUUCCAAAGAGUGAAGAAGAACUACACAAAGAUGAAAAGGCUCUUGAAAAAAUAGUCCACUCUGAAUCUCAGAUUCGGAACGGUGUUAAUGAGCUGCGUCAAAAGGUUGAAGAAGCAAAGAGCUCUCUAGCAGCAAAUUGCAGCAGAGGUAAAGUUCUGAAUGCAUUGAUGGAGCAGAAGAAGUCUGGAAAUAUCCCUGGCAUCUUUGGAAGACUGGGUGACUUGGGCGCUAUCGAUGAAAAGUAUGACGUUGCUGUCUCCUCCAGCUGUGGAGCUUUAGAAAACAUCGUUGUUGACACUAUUGAUACAGCCCAAAAAUGUGUUAACUUCCUGAAGAAACAAAAUAUUGGAGUAGCAACUUUUAUUGGCUUGGACAAGAUGAAGGUUUGGGAGAAAAGUACUGGAAAGAUCCAAACUCCUGAGAAUAUUCCACGUCUAUUUGAUAUGGUCAAAAUGAAAGAUGAGACUAUACGUCCAGCAUUUUACUUUGCCCUACGUGAUACUCUUGUUGCUAACGAUUUAGAACAGGCGACACGUGUGGCAUUCCGACACGACAAACGAUGGCGAGUGGUAACAUUGCAAGGACAGAUAAUAGAACAGUCAGGUACCAUGACUGGUGGCGGAGGAAAAGUAAUGAAGGGUAGAAUGGGAUCUUCAGUGAUUGUUGAAGUUACUCAGAAAGAGGUGGACAAAAUGGAGUCAGAAUUACAGAAGGACACUGCAGUUGCACAAAAAUACCAAGAUCAAAAAGUUCAAUUGGAAGAACGAAUAGUGAAGUUGCGCCAGAGCAUAAGAGAGAUGAAAAAUAAUUUGGAGAAAUACACAGCAAGCAUUCAGGGUCUGACAGGACAGGAAGCUCACUUGAAAAUUCAAGAGAAGGAGUUUGAAGCAAUUGUGGCGGCGGCAGCCCCCGACAAGAAUAAACAGCAACAGCUAGAGAAAACCCUGAGAGCCUUCAAAAAAGCAUAUGAGGAAGAGGCAGCAAAGGCGGGUAAAGUGGAGGCAGAGGUUAAAAGGUUGCAUAACCUUAUCGUUGAUAUCAAUAAUAAUAAGCUUAAAGCCCAGCAGGAUAAACUAGACAAAAUUAAUAAAGAAAUGGAUAAUUGUGUGUCUGCCAUUACUAAGGCCCAAGUUGCAAUCAAAACAUCUGGAAGGAACUUGAAAAAAGCAGAAGAAGCGGUAAGUCGAUCUGAGGAAGAAAUUGAACAGAAUAAACAAGAAAUUGAGAACCUGACAGAUGACUUGAAGAAACUGGAGGAAGAAGCCACUGCUGUGAUGAAGGAAUGUGCAAAAGCUCAGGAAUCAUUAGCCAAUGUGACUGGAGACCAUCAAAUUUUACUUAAAGAAGUUAAGUCAAUUCAAGAAGAAGAGCAGGCACUUCAGAAAGAAAUUCUAAAUAUACGAUUAAAAAUAGAACAGAUAGACGGACACAUUGAGGAGCAUCAAUCAAAGAUCAAAUACUGGCAAAAAGAGGUGUCCAAGCUUUCUUUACAUUGCAUUGAUGACAAACCGCAAGACGAGCUUCCAAAACUGAGUGAGGAGGAUCUGAGGGAAUUCCAAAACCCAGAUAUGAUAAAUAAUCAGAUUGCACUGCUGGAGGCAAAGGGUUUGGAAAUGAAACCAAACUUAGGUUCCAUUGCAGAAUAUAGAAAGAAAGAAGAACUGUACCUACGCCGUGUGGCAGAGCUUGAUGAAAUUACCAAUGAACGCGAUACAUUUAGACAUGGUUAUGAGGACUUGAGGAAGCAACGUCUCAAUGAAUUCAUGGCGGGUUUUAAUAUGAUCACCAAUAAGCUAAAGGAGAAUUACCAAAUGCUCACACUGGGUGGAGAUGCUGAGCUGGAAUUGGUGGACAGUCUGGAUCCCUUUUCUGAAGGAAUUAUGUUCAGUGUUCGACCACCAAAGAAAAGCUGGAAGAAGAUUUUCAAUCUUUCUGGGGGGGAGAAGACACUCAGCUCUUUGGCUCUCGUGUUUGCACUUCACCAUUACAAGCCGACUCCUUUGUACUUUAUGGAUGAAAUUGAUGCAGCAUUGGAUUUCAAAAAUGUCUCAAUUGUCGCUCAUUAUAUCUACGAACAAACCAAAAAUGCUCAGUUCAUCAUAAUUUCUUUGAGGAACAAUAUGUUUGAAAUAGCUGAUCGACUGAUUGGAAUCUACAAGACUCACAAUACAACAAAGAAUGUUACAGCCAACCCAAAAGUUAUUGGUCUUCAAGCAAUUCCUGAAGUACUCACCACAGCGUGAAAUUGUAACAACUUUUUAAUGGAUUGUUGUAAAGAACUAUACUGUUUCAAGCGGAUUCAACUGGCUACUGGCUUCAUACAACGGAGGAGCCCGUUCCAAAAGUAGUGGUGGUGUGAAUCAUCACAAUUAUAAGAUUCCUGCAUACAAGUACCAUCUCAUCUUGAGGUUUUAUACUGUAGAAAAUGGAAUAUUAAUGUAGUAUUGAAAUUCUGACAUGGCUGUACAUAUUUUUAGAAAAGUUAUUCUUUUUAACUAACACGUCUGUCAAAACUGACUAUUUCUUAUUAAAAGGAACUUUUGCAACAUA